AUUUUGUAUGAGCUUGAUGCAUAAUACGUCCACUAAAAUUUUAAUAAAAGCAUGAUGCGUAGCAUGGAUGUAAUGUUUUUAUAUGACGCGUAGUAUGAUCGUUGGAUAUCAUAGCAUAUAUAUGUUUUGAGUUUUCAUAGAUCAUUAAAUUUUGUCUAGUGUUUGUGACCAUACUCUUGUUGAGUGGUGAGAUGGGAUCUUGGGAAAGUGCGACUUCACCAUUAAUGAUUGGGGUUCCUUCUUCUACAGAAGGAGGAUCUCAUUCAAUGUUGGAUAGUGAUGAAGAUAUUCCUAAUGCUCAACCAUUACCUCAAGUCACUUUGGUUGACAGUGAUGAUGAGGGGGAAGUUUUUGAUGAGAAUGUAUGUAAGAUUGAUGGAGAGCCUCGAGCUCUUGAGUAUGCGAUAAUGGUACAUGAUUAUGAGGGUCACAAGAAUGAGUAUGUCGGGCGGUCCCUUCACUUUUUGAGGGACAACCCGAGGUCUAGUAUGACUAAGGGUGAUAUCCUACGCAUGCGACAUCAAUAUGAGAUUCAUUCUUCUAUACAAAUGCGACUUCCAACUAUCGCUGAGCGUCCCGAUUGGGAUAGUGGCGAUUGGGUUUGUAUGUAUGAAUUUCCUUUUAGGAUUGGCUUUCGAUUCCCUUUCCCUCCAUUUGUACAAGAAGUAUUGGACUAUUAUGAGGUAGCUCCUAGCCAACUUAUGCCAAAUGCUUGGAGGUUAUUGUUGGGUAUAGAAGUCAUAGUUAGAGUGAAGGGUAAGAGGGUUGACCUUGUAGAUUUUCAGUCAAGUUAUUAUCUUAAACAACACGAUACAGAUAAGGGUCGAUUUCUAUUCACUCUUAGAGCGAACAAAAAAGCUUGGGUAAUGGAGCUGGUUCCGAGCAACAAGAGGGGUUGGAGGAAGAAAUAUUGUUUUGUCAAAGGUGACCUGUUUGGAACGAGUGAUUAUGAGGUUCCUACUUCAUGGAGAACCUUAAGUAAGGGGCUCACUCGAUGUCCUCGAGGGGGGUAUUGGUCCAAAGCUCGAGUUAACGACUUGCUCUCUAUUCCUUCCGAUCAAAGAGCCCAUAACAAGCUUCUUGUUUUGGAUAAAUCUUGUGUUGGAAAUUUGUGGAGAGGUGCGCAACGUCAAGAAGGUAGUAUUUUUUCACUCAACGUUGUCAAGCGCGUCCCCAUCCUUUUGUUGACCCGAGCUUUAGAGAAGGUUAGUGGUCCCUUCUCUUUGAUUCGUCAUUUAACGGAAGAAGAACGUUUCCUUGCAGACCGUUAUUAUAAGAGGAUGACUUUCAAGGUUUGUGGAGCGGAUGAUGCUGUCGCUAGGGGUAAGACUAAUUUACUUGGAAAGAGGUCUAAGAAGACCACAAGUCAUGUUGUGAAACCUCGAGUUCCUGCUAAGGAACAUGGAACCGGUAGCUCUCAGUUGCCAGCUGAUGGUGUGGUUGCGAAUUCUCCACUAAGGGGUGACAACGAGUUGUCUAUUGAGGAGAGUAUGAUCAACCUGUCCAUCUCUUCCAACAUUUUGGCCUACUCUGACCCUGCUUCUAUCGAAGGUCAUGUUGAGGCUCUUCUCCAUCCGAGAGAUGAAGAGCGUUUGAGGGGCAUCGGAGUUGCGGGGCGAGCGAAUUACGGUGUUUCUACGAUUUACCAAGCUAUUCAAGCAGUCCUCUACUUAAGGCGUGACACAAUUUCGCUUGAUCAAAAGAACAGAGCUUUGAACAAGGAGCAUUCUAGACUUAGAAAGGAAGUGGAGAACUUGAAACUGGAAGGAGAGACUACCAAAUCAUCAUAUGACAAGCUAAAACAGGAUUAUUCCUCGUUGAAUACUGAGUUGGAGCGUGUGCGUGCCAAACUCAAGGAGGAGGAGGCUAAGUAUGUCGCAUUGUACCAGGAGGUUGAUGAUAUUUCACUCAAGACUGCCAUCAAGACAAGGGGGGAGUUGAUGAUACAGUAUAAGAAAGGGCUCCAUCGUGGAUGGGACGUCGAUGGUGCUAUUGCACUUCAUGAAGAAUAUUUGGCUCUUGAGCAAGAGAAUGAAAUGGAUGUUGACGCUCAUAUCUCUGUGUUUGAUGAGGGCGCUGAUGCUCAUACCUCUGUCCCUAGUACGGGUGUCGACGCUCAUACUUCUGUUUCUGGCGGGGGUGGCAUUGACGAUGUGAUGUUCUCCAUUGCUGAAGAUGGUACCAUCGCUCCAUAGUGGGUCCUUUAAGUUCUCCCUUUUGUUUACAAGUGACAAUUGAUUUAAACUUUAGGUCCAAUUUGUUUAAAGUAUGAACAUCGCCAUUGUGGCAUUAAGUAUGUAUGCUUAACAAUCCUUUUGAUGUGCGGACAUCCUCUUAGUGAUGACCCUUUUGAAUUUUAUGACGCUUUGAUGUAUGAACGUUGCUUUUGCGGUGGUGUGACUUAUUAUCUUAAUUUGGUAUUAAUAUUCUUCAUUUUUCA